AUGACCCCCGGCUUUGGAGUCCGUCUGCAGACGCUCGAGGAUGCUGUUGUUACCAUUCGAGCUGACCUCACAGCCCACAGAGCUGAGUUUGCUGCCUUCCACACGGAUCCUAGUCCGACUAAUGCUUUGUUUGCUAUGUGGUGUCCUCCUCCAACGGGUAUUGUUAAGUGUAAUUUUGAUGCUUCUUUUUGUCAGCAGUCUUUGCAAGGGGGUGGAAGAGCUAUUUUUCAGGAUUUUCGGGGAGAAGUUCUUCAUGCGGUUAUUUUUUGUCCAUUUCAUGCUGCUUCACCUUUGGAGGCGGAAGCGUUGGUGUGUCAGCGUGCUAUUCUUUGUGCUUUCCAAUUGGGGUUUUCUUGUUUAUGGUUUGAAUCGGAUGCCAAAGUUGUGGUGAAUGGCGUGUUAAGUGGAGUGCAUUGUCCAUCGGAAAUUGCUUCUUUAUGUUAUGAUAUACAACUGGACUUGCGGAGGUUUUCAUCAGCUACUUUGACUCAUGUUCGUCGCAGCAGUAAUAUGGUGGCUCAUGCUUUGGUUGCACUUUCGAAGCUUGGGCUUGAGUCAAAUCAAAUGUUGACGUCUUUACCACCUUCUGUAAUCCCUUUUGUGGUGGCGGAUGUUAGGUCUUAG